AACAGAAAUAUCACUUCAGUUCAGUUUUGGGUGAAAGCUGGAGGGGAAGCACGCUUGUUGUGAGCUCUUUCUAGUGGACGAGUGUCUGCUUCGGGCGAGCAGUGCUCGAAAGGGAACAUGACCUCUACGUAUAGAAGUCUUCAUGACAGUUAUGUCUCAAACAAAGGGAGGUCGACCAGCUGUGUGACAUUAGCUGUGGUUUUGGGCUGUCUGACGGUCCUGGGGAUCCUGCUUGCCAUCGCUGUGCUGAAGAGACCACCGGCCCCCAAAGAUCAUGAAACACUCCCCGGCGACGCUGGUGGGGACAAUUUCACUACAGACCAGUGCAGUAUGACCCUCGUGGAGAGCAUUCCUCAACAUAUGAAAUAUAAAGCCAAUGUAACGCUUGGGAUCCCUUUGGAAGAAGUCUGGAAAGACCUUAUCUCCAUGGCAACGGACCAAGUGGAAGUGUCCUCUUUCUACUGGACUUUAACUGGGGAAGACAUCAACGUUAACUCUUCCUCUGACAUACCUGGAAGGGAUAUCUUGGAGCAACUUGAAACAUUGCCCUCCAGGAACGUCUCUGUCCGAGUGGUUAUCAGUGUUCCCACCGUGAGAACAAACUCCACCGAUUUAGAGAUCUUAAAACAGAAAGGAGUUCAGGUGAGGGCGGUGGACUUUGGGCGCCUGGCAAAGGGUGUCCUUCACAGCAAGUUCUGGAUCGUUGACAGAAAACAUGUGUUUAUUGGCAGCCCCAACAUGGACUGGAGGGCUCUCACACAGGUGAAAGAACUGGGAGUGGUCAUCUACAACUGCUCCAGUCUGGCAACGGACCUGCAUAAGAUCUUUCAGUCUUACUGGGUGAUGGGAAAGUCCAAUAGUUCCCUGCCACAGCCCUGGCCUCCAGAGUACGACACUGCCAUCAACAAAGAUCACCCCCUGCUGGUGAAAGCUGAUAAUGUCUCCAGCAGACUCUACCUCGCAGGUUCUCCACCAUCAUUCUGUCCUCAAUCGAGGACUCAGGACCUGGAGGCGAUUCUCUCCAUCAUCUCAGAGGCUCAACACUUUGUUGAUGUAGCCGUCAUGGAAUAUUUCCCCACCACACGCUUUGAAAAGCCUCAGAGAUACUGGCCGAUCAUCGACGAUGCCAUCAGGACAGCUGCAUUCGAGAGGAGGGUGAAGAUCCGGAUGCUUAUCAGCUGCGGCCGGGACUCUGAUCCAGCAAUGCUGCCCUUCCUUCAGUCCCUGGCCUCGAUGGACAGCCCUCAGCAGCAUAUCAACAUUCAAAUAAAAUUGUACAUAGUGCCUGUGGGAAACCAGUCUGAUAUUCCAUAUAGCCGAGUCAACCACAAUAAAUACAUGGUGACUGAUAAAGAAGCCUACAUUGGUACCUCCAACUGGUCUGGGGACUACUUUCUGACUACAGCUGGAGUCGGUCUGGUGAUUUCCCAGCGUGCUCCACACCCUGUUUGGAAGACUGAGGCCCUACAGAGCCAGCUCAGGGCGGUGUUUGACCGGGACUGGCACUCUGAGUUUGCAGUGCACCUUGAUGACCUGGGUGACAACCCAGACUGUUCACUAUCAAGACGAUAGAAUGUAAAUAUAGUUAAACCAUAAUUGAGGUUAUUAUAUUAUCCAUAUGUGAAAAUCAGAAAUUGAUAUGGAUUUUUUGUUGAUUAAGCCAAGGUUUUACUACUAAAUAACUGGAAGUGAGGAUGAAGUUCUUUAUGAAUGAAACUGUGGUAUCAAAAGGGCAAAAACAUCACACCAGCUGUGUCAUCCUCAGUUGUCUGACUACCCAAUGUAAUGCACUUGUACUUUGCUUUAUUGUUUUAUCACUGACAGUGUUAAGCUGAUUGUCUGGAUGUAUGAUUAUUAAACAUGUUUUAUAAUUAUUA